UAAUCUAAGGCAGUAGUAGUAGCAGCAAUUGUAGUAUGUUGUUUCGUGACCCUUAAUUUCACUUUUGCAUUUUUUAUUGAUGUGUCACAUAGUAUUCUGGCUGUCCAGCACAUACUAUCUCUGUCUUCUUAACACAUUUUCACAUUAGAUUAUUCUCAUUAAAAUGAUCUGAAAGUUGAAAUGUGUCCAAACUCAUCUGUAUUUGAAAUAUUAUCUCUGCUACCAGGAGUAAUUGCUCCUCUCGUGACUUCUGCUUCUAGUAUCAUAUGUCCUAUGCUGACCAAGAACGCUAUGAAAAUGAAGAAAGGCCAGAGGUGCAAAGGCAAAUUCUCGCCGAAAUUGCAAGGAAGUUGCCGGUCUACACCAGAACAGGGAAUGGAGGUAUUCGAUUCUGUGAUAGGUGCCAGCUAAUAAAACCUGAUCGUUGUCACCAUUGUUCCGUUUGUGCUGUAUGCGUGCUAAAAAUGGAUCAUCACUGUCCGUGGGUGAAUAACUGCAUUGGAUUUUCUAACUACAAAUUCUUUCUACUGUUCUUAGCCUAUGCUUUGUUGUAUUGCAUGUAUAUUGCUGCAACAGUCUUCAAGUAUUUCAUUAAGUAUUGGACAGGUGAACUGACUAAUGGACGUUCGAAAUUUCAUGUAAUUUUCCUACUCUCUGUGGUGGUCAUGUUCUUCAUAACAUGGUGGCAACAGGCGGUGCAAUGCCCUGCCAGAACCAGUGUCUUGGCCUGCGGUUGCAGGAAGAGCAGCUGUCGGUGGUGACAGCCAGUGGCAGCUCUCGGAUGAGCCACUUCACGGAGCCCAGUAUUCU